CCGCCCGUCAGGUCCAGUGUUCAGUUAAUGCACAACCCGGACUCAAGUGCCUCUCGCGCCGCGGACCCAGGCUCGCAGCCCCGGACGCUGGGACAGGCCGCCCGCAGGCCAGCCGCGCCGCGCGCGGGCCACAGCGCCGCCCGGAGGACCCGCCCACCAGCCCGGGGGCAGCCAAGCGGCGUCUCCCCGAGGCCGAUGCGCACCCGGGAGCGCCCCCAGAUCCGCGGCUCCCCGGGGGACACGCAGACCCGCCCGCCUGGCCCUGGGCCCCCGCGACUGGUGCCUCCGGGCCUCAAAACCAGUGCCCCCCGCCCUCUGGGCCAGCCCCAGCCUGGAGCCCACAAGGCAAAGCCCAGGAAGAUUGUUUUUGAGGAUGAGCUGCCCUCCCAGACUCUUCUGAGCGCCAAGAAGCAUAUUGGAGCCAUCCCUGGUGGGCAUAUACCUAGGCCUCACCCAGUGCCCGACUAUGAGCUUAAGUACCCCGCAGUGAGCAGUAGGAGGGAAAGAAGCCGCUAUGCUGCAGUGUUUGAGGACCAGUACGGAGAGUUCCUGGAGCUCCAGCAGGAGGUGGGGUGUGCGCAGGCAAAGCUCCAGCAGCUAGAGGCCCUGCUGAGCUCACUGCCCCCGCCCCGAAGCCAGAAGGAGGCUCAAGUUGCAGCCCGUGUCUGGAGCGAGUUUGAGAGGAAGCGGAGGGACCCUGGCUUCCUGGACAAGCAGGCUCGCUGCCACUACCUGAAGGGCAAACUGAGGCAUCUCAAGACCCAGAUCCAGAAAUUUGACGACCGAGGAGGCAGUGAGGGCUCCGUGUACUUCUGAGCAUCCUGGCAGACAGGCACAGGGACACAUAGGGGUGAGGGGCCUUUGCUUCUCUUUGUGCCUCCUGGCCUUUGCUGUCGCUGUUCUGCCCCCCUGGGGUAGCUUUUCCUGAUUGCGGGUGCCUCGUCCUUUUGGGCUCAUCUCUGGUAGCCCCUCUUUAAGGAAGCCUUCCCAGGACCUCCUCCAGGUCUGACCCAGAUCCCAGCUCAUCCCCUGGAAGUAGGUCUUGCUCUCCAUCCCAAUGGAAUAAACACAUAUUA